CACCAGCCCUAACAGUUUUCAUUUCCUGUAUUCAUCGGUGUGGACGCGCAUUCUUGCGCUCUUGUGUCUCACUUAGGGCCACCUCCCGAGAAUUGUAGUUGUGAUUUGUGUUUUGGGGUUCAGGUAAUUUUUUUCUUAUUUUUCAGCCUCUUAAUAAUUCAUCUCUUAGGAUGGAUUCGAAGAUAUUCGUGUUUCGUUCGCGUGAGUUGUCUUUCUUCCUUCUUUUGUUCCAUGUCGCUCAUGGAGACAUGAGCUAUUCUUUCCCAGAGGAAAUGAAACGAGGAUCCGUUAUUGGAAAUAUAGCUAAAGACCUCGGGAUGGAAACGGGCGCGCUGUCCAGCAGGAGAGCCCGCAUCGACGCCGACGGAACCGACAAACGUUACUGUGACAUAAACAUGAAUAACGGAGAGUUGAUUGUUGCAGACAGGAUUGACCGCGAGGGGCUUUGUGGAGAAAAGGCUUCGUGCAUCCUAAAACACGAGCUUAUGCUGGAGAAUCCGCUCGAGCUUCAUCGUAUCAGCCUUCACAUUCAAGAUAUCAAUGACAACGCACCACAAUUCAAUGAAGAACGUAUCAAUAUAGAAAUUCGAGAAUCCGCUGAUAGAGGAGCUCGUUUUGUGAUAGAAGAAGCGCACGAUGCGGAUGUGGGGCAAAAUUCAGUGCAGCAGUACAACCUUAAAAAGAAUGAAAAUUUUAUUCUGUCUGUAAAUGGAAACACCAGAGAACUCGUUCUUGAAAAAGAGCUUGAUCGUGAAAAACAACAGGAAAUGAAUUUAAUUCUCACAGCUUUGGAUGGUGGAUCUCCUCAGAGAUCAGGUACAUUAGUAAUACACGUCACUGUGUUGGAUGCUAAUGAUAACGCCCCAGUGUUCAGCCAAGCCGUUUAUAAAGCCAGCCUGCCUGAAAACUCUCCUUUAGAUACUGUAGUGGUUACAGUAAGCGCAAGUGAUGCAGAUGAGGGAGUUAAUGGAGAUGUGACGUAUGACUUUGUGCAUCUUACAGAAGAAGUGAAGAAGAUAUUUAGUAUUGAUCGUAAAGUAGGUGACAUAAGAGUAAUUG